AUGUGGCGCGGGGCGAGCGCCGCCUCGGCGGCAGCGGUGCUGCUCCUCGCUGCGGGCGCCCCGCCCGCGCGGGGCGCGGGGCCCGCGUCCCCGGAGGCCUCCGGCUGCCCGGCGGCCGAGGCGGGGCUCGAGGACCACCCCGAGGUCGAGCAGAUGCGGGCGGUCUUCGUGCAGUCCCGCCUGGCGACCGUGAGUGAUCGCUCCGCGGUCUUCGGAGAUCCGGAGCAGCAGGCUGCUGGCGGCCCUGGCGUCGCGCGCCUCCUGCGGAGCGCCGGGGCCCUCUCGAUGACAGCAGAGGAGCGCGUGAAGCUCGUCACGCCCGUGGCGUGGUUUCACGUUCCGAAGACAGGGACGUCGUUCUGCAACACGCUCUACCACACGCCCGGGGUGUGCGAGUUCUUCCCGCGCGAGAAUUACAUAGGCGACUCGACCAGCGCCGGCUCAUGGGACCCCACCUGGAGGGCCAUGGACGGGCUCUGCCCUGGUGGUUUCAGCGCGACGUAUAGGCCCGCCACCACCGGCCAGCACGGAGGCCUGGACCAGUCGCUCUGGGAGCUCAACCGCGGGCACCUGGUGACCAUGCUGCGCCAGCCCGAACAGCGCCUGAUCUCCGGCUACAACCACGAGGGGCAGAUGGAGUGGCCAUUCGACACGCCGGCGGCGAGCCUCAGGGAGUACGCGGAGUGGAUGGCGGGCGGCACCGUGCGCCAGCUGGCGCGGGGCGGUGGCCACGCCAGCGGGGAGCUGCCGGUGCCGACCGCGGAGGAGGUAAGCGUCGCGGUCGGCAGGCUGAGGGACGGGUUCGCGUUCGUGGGAGUCACGGAGCAGUGGGACCUCUCGGUCUGUCUGUUCCGUGCGAUGUUCGGGGGCGUGUGCGUCGCUUCGGACUUCUCGAACACGCGGCUGGGGAACGCAUCCACUGGCAGCUCUCUGUAUGACACCAGCGAGCUGUAUGGCUUUGUCGAUAACUACGACGGGCCCGUGUACGCGGAAGCGCUCGUGUUGCUUAGCAAGGGGGUCGAGCUGUACGGCGUCGAUGAGAGCAAGUGCACUGCUGACUGCUGGUGA